UUUGGCCAGCCGCAAAACUCAAUCACGCGUCCUACACAAUUCCUGAUAUUAAUAUUUUUCUGAUCUUGGACUUGGACUACAUAAUAUAAAUUUUCAUAAAGAUGUCGCUCGUGCGUUUAAUUGGUGCUGAGGCACGCCUCAUGGGCAAGCGUGGCUUUGCCAGCGCUGCACCCACCACCAAGCUCUUCAUCGACGGCAAGUUCGUGGAGUCCAAGACCAACGAAUGGAUCGAUGUGCAUGAUCCAGCCACCAACAAGGUGGUCACACGUGUGCCCAAGGCCACACAAGAUGAGAUGAAGACCGCACUCGAGUCCAACAGAAAGGCAUUCAAGUCAUGGAGCAAUCAGUCUGUGCUUUCGCGCCAACAGAUCAUGUUCAAGCUGCAGGCACUGAUCAAGGACAACAUGGGCGAGCUGGCCAAGAAUAUCACCAAGGAGCAGGGCAAAACCCUGGCCGACGCCGAGGGUGAUGUGCUGCGUGGUCUGCAGGUGGUGGAGCACUGCUGCGCCAUUCCCUCCUUGCAAAUGGGUGAGACCGUUGCCAAUGUGGCACGUGAUAUGGACACCUAUUCGCUGGUCAUGCCGCUGGGUGUUACCGCCGGCAUUGCACCAUUCAACUUCCCCGCCAUGAUACCGUUGUGGAUGUUCCCCGUGGCCAUCACCACUGGCAACACCAUGCUGCUGAAGCCCUCGGAGCGUGUGCCCGGCGCCACCAUGAUGCUCAUGGAGCUGCUCAACGAGGCUGGCUGCCCACCUGGUGUGGUCAAUGUCAUCCACGGCCAACACGACGCUGUCAACUUCAUCUGCGAUGCGCCCGAAAUCAAGGCCGUCUCCUUUGUGGGUUCCGAUACCGCUGGCAAGUACAUCUAUGAGCGUGCCGGCAAGAAUGGCAAGCGCGUGCAGAGCAACAUGGGCGCCAAGAACCACGGCAUCAUCCUCAGCGACGCCAACAAGGAGAACACAUUGAACCAACUGGCGGGCGCUGCCUUUGGUGCGGCUGGUCAGCGUUGCAUGGCCCUGUCCACGGCUGUGUUUGUGGGCGAAGCCCAGAAAUGGAUUCCCGAUCUGGUGGAGCGUGCACAGAAACUGAAGGUCAAUGCCGGCCAUGUUCCCGGCACUGAUGUGGGUCCCGUUAUCACUGCUGCCUCGCGCCAGCGCAUUCACGAGCUCAUCGAGUCUGGUGUCAAGGAGGGUGCCAAGCUCAUUUUGGAUGGCCGCAAGAUCAGCGUGCCCGGCUUUGAGGAUGGCUACUUUGUGGGCCCCACCAUUUUGAGCGAUGUGACACCCAGCAUGCGUUGCUACAAGGAGGAAAUCUUUGGCCCCGUGCUGAUUAUCCUGAAGGCUGAUACCUUGGAUGAUGCCAUCUCUGUCGUUAAUUCCAAUCCCUAUGGCAAUGGUACCGCUGUCUUCACCACCAAUGGCGCUGCCGCCCGCAAGUUUGUGAAUGAGAUCGAUGCUGGCCAAGUGGGUGUCAAUGUGCCCAUUCCUGUGCCACUGCCCAUGUUCUCCUUCACCGGUACACGCGGCUCCUUCCGUGGCGAUCACCACUUCUAUGGCAAGCAGGGCAUCAAGUUCUACACCCAGACCAAGACUGUGACACAGCUGUGGCGCGAGACCGAUGUGACCCACACCCAGGCGGCUGUUGCUAUGCCCACCAUGAAGUAAACAGCAGAAGGCAAAAUCUACAUACUUUGGUUUAUGUAUAGCAAAGGAAAUUAUUGCAUUUAUUAACUGUGCCUGUUAAACUAGAAUUAAGCUAAUUGUGUAUAAAAACAAUAAAUUGUUA